AAUUUCAUAAAUAGGAAAAUGCAAAAGCAAAGAGAGUACAACUCGGUUUUGCUUUCCUUUUGUUGUCUUGACAUUAUAGUCAUAAAUAUAAAUGUCUCAACUCUCAAACACAACAUAAGAGUAAGAAACAAGGAUCCAGCAAAGCUAAGAGUCAAGAGAUGAAGAAAGUAGAGCUCAUAUUCGUUCCAGCGCCAGCAACGGGGCACUUGGCCUCAACUGUUGAAUUCCCGAAGCGCCUGCUCUGUCGCCAUUAUCGAAUUCGGGUUACUAUUCUUUCCAUGAAGUGGUUUCCAAGUGCUUCUUUGGAUGCAUACAAAUCGCUCACUGCAUUGCAGCCUGAUGGAAUCCAACUCAUUGAACUCCCUCAGGUUGAUCUUCCCUCAUUAGAUCCUAAGAAGUCAAUCGAAAGUUUCCUUGAUGUAUUCGUACAGUGCUACAUCCCUCCUGUUAGAAAUGCUGUGAGGGACAUUGUUUCAAUGAGAUGUAGCUUGGGUGAAACCCGAGUUGCAGGAUUAGUUCUUGAUCUCUUUUGUUCACCCAUGAUUGAUAUUGCAACUGAUUUUGGUCUUCCUUCUUAUCUAUCCUCGUUCGGUCUCAUGUGGCAUCUACCAACCCGACAUACCCUGAAGAGCUCCGAAUUUGAACGUUCAGAUCCUGAACAUUUGAUCCCAGGAUUUGUCAAUCCUGUCCCCACACGUGCUCUUCCAUCAGCUGCAUUUUGCAAGGAUGGAGGUUACACUACAUAUGUCAAAGUUGCUGAAAGGUUCAAGGAUGCCAAAGGUAUCAUAAUCAAUAUUGAAAAUGUCACACCUAAUGAUACCCGCAGCACAAAUAGUCCAUAUGGCGCAAAAACACGCGGACCUUGGCCUCUGUAUGCUGAACAACAGCUCAAUGCAUUCAAGAUGGUGAAGGAAUUAGGGUUAGCAGUGGAGACGAGGUUGAACUAUAGGAAAGACAGUGAUGAAGUGGUGAUGAUAGAUGAGAUAGAGAAAGCUGUGGGGAUGGUAAUGGAUGGUGGAAGUGAAGUGAGAAAGAAAGUGAAGGAAAUGUCAGAGAUUGCAAGGAAGAGUGUUAUGGAAGGUGGAUCUUCAUUCAAUUCUAUUGGAAAACUGAUAGAGGACAUGAUAGGCAACAACUGAUAUGGAAUCAUAGCUGUUGUCAUUGUACUAUUAAUUUAUUUCACUACAUUUGAGAUUAUAAUGAUAUAUAU